UGUAAGAGGCAGCUGCUCUCAUGUCUGCCCGGAUAAAGCUGCCUGUUUUGGGCAUAAACUCCUCUCUCUGACCGGCUCUCACUGUGUCCCCGGUGGUUCUGAAGGAAUGCUCUGGUUCUGGUUCUUCCCGGUGGUGCUGUGGCUCGUCGCCCCUCACGGCUGUGUGAGCACUUCGGCCCGGCUGUACACGGAGGAGGACCCGCUGGUUAUCCUGAGCAGCAGCAACCUGAAGCCGGCCGUCACCAACUCCUCCUCGGCCUGGUUCCUCCAGUUCUACUCCUCCUGGUGCGGACACUGCAUCCAGUACUCUGAGACAUGGAAGGCUCUGGCCCGGGACGUGCAAGACUGGCAGCAGGCGGUCAGAGUGGGGGUGUUGGACUGCGCUCAGGAGGAAAACUUUGACGUCUGUAAAGAAUUCAACAUCAAGUUCUACCCGACGUUCAAAUAUUUCCGGGCUCACAGUCCAGAGACGGAGAGGGGGACGCCGUACAGAGGUGCAGACAGAGAGAUCCAGUCGGUGCGACAGGUGAUGGUGAACAUCCUGCAGAACCACACUCAGCAGGACUGGCCUGAGCGCUGCCCUCCUCUGAGGCCGUACAGUUCUGCUGAGCUGCUCCCUCUGCUGGGUCAGAGGUCAGACCAAUACACGGCCAUCAUCGUGGAGGAACCGGACUCAUAUGUGGGGCGAGAGGUGGUCCUGGACCUGCUUCAGUUCUCAGGUGUUGAGGUGAGGCGGGCUCUGUCGUUAGACCUCCCCCUGCUGGACGCUCUGAAGAUUACAACCUUCCCCUCCGUCUACCUACUGCACCCGAACGGAUCACACUCACACCUGCACGUUCAGAAGCAGCUGCGGUUCUUCUUCUCCUCUGUGUUGAGGACGUUAGCAGGGGUGCAGCGCCGGGUGAGGCCCAGCAGCAGUACUGCAGUAGGCCAGGGGGGGGCGCUGCAGGACCAACAGAGCGCGUGGAGAGACUUCAGCAGUUCUGAGGUGUAUGCUGCUGAUCUGGAGUCUGCGCUGCACUACCUGCUGAGAGUGGAGCUGGCGACCCACAGCACCCUGCAGGGGGAGGAGCUGCAGGUCUUUAAGGACUUUGUGACCCUGGUCUCAAAGCUGUAUCCGGGCGGGGGCUCUGUGGUCAAGCUGAUGGAGACUCUCUCUGAUUGGCUGCUCAGUCUACCGCUUCCUCGAAUCCCCUAUCAGGCAGUCCUGGACCUGGUGGACAACAAGAUGAGGAUCUCAGGUGUGUUUUUGGGGGCGGAGCUUCGCUGGGUUGGUUGCCAGGGCAGCAGGGCGGGGCUUCGGGGUUAUCCAUGCUCCCUCUGGACCCUGUUCCACGUCCUGACUGUGCAGCACGACGCCACGCCCACUGCACUGGACAACACAGGUCUGGAGGGGGGAGCGGCCCCCGUGCUGCAGGUGAUGCGGCGCUACGUCCGGACGUUCUUCGGCUGCGAGGAGUGCGGUCGGCACUUUGAGCGGGCGGCGGCAGCGAGCCUGGAGGGGGUGCAGAACCGGGAGCAGCAAGUCCUCUGGCUCUGGAACCAGCACAACACAGUUAACGACAGGCUGGCCGGCUCGCUGAGUGACGACCCCCUCUUCCCUAAAGCCCCCUGGCCGAGCCCCUCCCUCUGCGCCUCCUGCCACGAUGAGAAAAAUGGCGUCCACGAGUGGAACCAGGACAACGUCCUCCUCUUCCUCAGAAAACACUACGGAGCCUCCAACAUCUCCCCCAGAUACUCCCUCAGCCCCCAACGACUCCCUGCUCCCCCCUCCCCGCAGACCGGACAACCUCAGGAGGAGCACCGAGGAGGGGGGGCGGAGGAGAAGGAAGAGAAGGAGGGCGAGGAGGAGGCGGAGAUUAAGGACCACAGGGCUCAGAGGGGGGAGGGUGGUGGGGGCUGGAUCCUGGGCUUCAACAGCGUGGACAUGAGUCUGUGCGUUCUGCUUUACGUCUGCUCCUGCCUCUUCCUCAUGCUGCUCUUCUUCUUCUUCAGAGUGCGCUCCCGCCGCUGGAAACGACACCUGCUCGUGUGAGGGUGGGGGGGAGGAGGAGGAGGAGGCGUUCAGGUGUGUUCACACCUGGAGAAGACUAUUCUCUCAUGAGUUUGACCCAGAGUCAGAUCACUGGUGUUUACUCCUGUCACUCAAACGCUGCAGAGGAGGCGGGACUUAUCUCUGUAGAUACAAACAACAACAUUACCCCGUGAUGUCACACACACUGACCCCCCCCCCGGUCAGAAACAGUGAUGAGGGCACUGUCUGUCCUCAGAGCGGCCGGGACACUCUGAACACAUCCAGACUCUUCAUCUUCAAAUACCACUUGCUAUCCCUCAGAUUCAGACUCCUCUUCCUCCUUCAGAUCGGUCUCAACAUCUUCACUCAAAAUAUUCAGACUUCCCUCAAAGUGUGUGUGUGUGUGUGUGUGUGUGUGUCCUCCUGAAUAAAGCACAAACUCAUCGUUAAUUAAACCCAGUGAGAAAUAUUACAUUAAAUUGAAACGAGGUGUAAUUGUUUUCUUUCCCUUUUUUAAAUACUGUAAAAUAUUAAAGGGAAAAACGAUAUUUAAAAAAAGGAAUUCAAACAAGAUAAAAUGUGAAAUCCUCGGACGCUGAAAGAGAAAAUCUGAAUCAAAGGUAGAGAUGUUUUUCUAAAUGUAGUUUGUAGUACAGGUCAUUUUAAUGAGGUUUUCCUUUGGACGGCGGUGGUGGGAACUGGAGGGUCACCGGUUCAAGUCCCUGAAAGACCAAGUGUUGCUGAGGUGUCCCUGAGCAAGGCACCGGUCCCUACCCUGUUCCCUGUUACAUUACAAGGCAGUUCUUUACCCUUUCACUGACACACCCUCCGUACUGAGGACAGGCCCCUCAGGAGCAGCUGGGGGAAGGUUCUGACCCAGGGACACAACGAAAUGCUGACUGCACUGGGAUUGAACCAGUGCUCCCUGAUCAGCCCACUACCCCACUGAGCCACAGCCUCCUGUGGCUGGAUGUUGGUACAGCGCAGUGAAGCGUUCUGAUUGUGGUUUCCCUUUGCUCGUUGUUGACGUCCACAUUAGAUAUUUGAUGUGAAGUGAUCCGCCGUGUUCCCUCUGACGCCUGAACGCACCGUCCUCUGGUUUCUUGUACGGUUGUUCUGAUUGGUAGUUUUAAAGAGAUGUAAAUAAAUCAUUUUGAGCUAAA